GGUUAGUUAUAUAUACAAUCCUUUUGCGUUCUGGGAUAGGUUCUACUGUGUUGUUCCCGCAAGUGGGGUUCAUUAUUUUCUUGUUCUAAGCUUUCAGUGAAAAAAGGUUAUUCCUAUAAGGUUUGCGAGGUUUCUGGGAUUUUUUUCACUUGGAUAUGCAUGCAUGAGGGAAAGAAAAGCAAAACCCUGUUCAGUUCAGGAGAGACAAUCUAAAGGCCUUGUGUUUUCUGGGUUUUCUGGGAUGUAUCUUUCAAAGGGUUGUAGGUGUGAGGUUGUUCUCUGUUUCUGGUUUUUCUGCUAUUUCUUAUUGGCUGCUAGUCAGGUCACUGACCCUACAGAAGUUGAGGCAUUAAGAACCAUAAAGAGAAGUUUGUUUGAUAUUAAUGGAAAUUUGAGCAACUGGGAUCGUGGAGAUCCAUGUACAUCCAACUGGAUAGGGGUUAUGUGCUCCAAUACAACAUUAGCCGAUGGCAAUUUACAUGUUCUACAAUUGCAACUACUGAAUUUGAACCUGUCUGGAACUUUGGCACCUGAGAUCGGCAACUUGUCUUAUUUGGAAAUAGUGGACUUUAUGUGGAAUGACAUUACUGGGAGUAUACCGAAGGAGAUUGGCAAUAUCAAAACUUUGAAACUCUUACUCCUGAGUGGAAAUAAACUAACAAAUGAUCUGCCUGAUGAGCUUGGCCAUCUUCCAGCGCUGGAGAGAAUGCAAAUUGAUGAGAACAAGAUUACAGGACCCAUACCACUAUCAUUUGCAAACCUGAACAGCACAAAACACUUCCACAUGAACAACAAUUCACUUAGUGGACAAAUCCCAGCACAGCUUUCCCAAUUAGGAAGCCUUAUUCACCUUCUUCUUGACAACAAUAACUUGACAGGAAAUCUCCCAUCCGAGCUCUCUGAGAUGCCAAGCUUAACAAUACUUCAACUCGAUAACAAUAACUUCGAAGGAAGUAGCAUACCAGAAUCUUAUGCCAACAUGCCAAAAUUGUUGAAAUUAAGCCUUAGGAACUGCAACUUGACAGGAUCAAUUCCUGAUUUCAGCAGGAUACCACACCUUGCUUACCUUGACCUCAGUUUCAAUCAAUUGAAUGAAUCAAUUCCUACCAAUAAGCUAUCAGACAAUAUGACAACCAUUGAUUUAUCAAACAACAAGCUCAAUGGAACAAUUCCAUCCUACUUUUCUGGUCUUCCACGUCUUCAGAAAUUGUCAAUUGCCAACAAUGCAAUCAGUGGUACUGUUCCUUCUACCAUUUGGCAGAACAGGACUUUAAAUGCAACAGAGCAACUUAUCUUGAACAUGCAAAAUAAUCAACUUACAAGCAUAUCAGGCACUACAAAUCUUCCUCCAAAUGUCACACUUAUGCUUCAGGGAAAUCGUGUAUGUUUGAAUAACAACUCCCUAGUUCAGCUUUGUGGAGGUGAAAGUGACAAUAACAUGGAUGGAGGCUCCAGUGUUCUGUGUCCAAGUCAAGGAUGUCCCCCUCCUUAUGAAUACACUGUGGAGUGUAUCUGUGCUGCCCCAUUGAUUGUUCAUUAUCGGUUGAAAAGUCCAGGUUUUUCAGAUUUCCGUGAAUAUGUGACAGAAUUUGAGAGCUUCCUGACAAAUGGUCUUAGUGUGCAUACUAAUCAGCUGUUCAUUGAGCGUUUUACGUGGGAAGAAGGGCGAUUGAGAAUGAACCUGAAGCUUUUCCCAGAAUAUAUUGACAAUACAAGUUCUCGUCAGUUCAGUAAAAAUGAGGUUGUUCGGAUUAGAGACAUGUUCAGAGAAUGGGAUAUUAGUGACAGUGACCUGUUUGGUCCUUAUGAACUCUUGGACUUCGUUCUACUGGAUAUUUAUAGCGAAGCGAUUACUCCGUCUUCAAGUUCAGGGAUAAGCAAAGGUGCACUGGCUGGAAUAAUCUUAGGUGCAAUUGCCUGUGCAGUUACAUUAUCGGCAAUUGUUUCCAUUCUUAUUUUGAGAGUACGCAUGAGAGAUUAUCAUGCACUUUCCAAAAGGCGUAACGCAUCUAGGAUCUCGAUAAGAGUUGAAGGUGUAAGAUCAUUUGAUUACAAAGAAAUGGCCUUGGCCACAAACAAUUUUAGCCAGUCUGCUCAGAUAGGAGAAGGGGGCUAUGGGAAGGUUUAUAAAGGUCGUCUUCCUGAUGGCACUGUUGUAGCCAUAAAACGUGCACAGGAGGGUUCACUGCAAGGUGAGAGGGAGUUCUUUACAGAAAUAGAAUUGCUGUCAAGGUUACACCAUCGCAACCUUGUGUCUCUCAUUGGAUACUGUGAUGAAGAGGGUGAACAGAUGUUGGUUUAUGAAUAUAUGCCAAAUGGAACCCUAAGGGAUCAUCUUUCUGCUCAUUCAAAAGAUGCUCUUAGUUUUUCUCUGAGGUUAAAGAUUGGUCUGGGAUCAGCAAAAGGUCUUCUAUAUCUGCACACAGAAGCUAAUCCUCCGAUAUUCCACCGAGACGUGAAAGCCAGCAAUAUAUUACUGGACACAAGGUACACAGCAAAAGUUGCUGAUUUUGGUCUUUCACGGCUUGCUCCAGUUCCAGAUAUUGAAGGAAAUGUACCUGCUCAUGUAUCCACAGUAGUAAAGGGCACCCCGGGUUAUCUUGAUCCAGAGUACUUCUUAACUCGUAAUUUGACCGACAAAAGUGAUGUUUAUAGUUUGGGUGUUGUAUUUCUGGAACUUUUGACUGCGAGGCCACCAAUCUUUCACGGUGAAAAUAUUAUUAGACAGGUUAAUAUGACAUACCAAUCAGGUGGAAUAUCUCGAGUAGUUGAUAAACGUAUCGAGUCUUAUCCAUCUGAGUAUGCAGAGAGAUUUUUGACUUUAGCCUUAAAGUGUUGCAAAGAUUCACCAGAUGAGAGACCUAAAAUGGCAGAAGUGGCUAGAGAGCUUGAAUACAUCUAUUCUAUGUUACCCGAUUCAGAUACCAAGGGAGUUGAAUAUGUUACAAGUGAUUCUUCUGGCACAAUAUUCAGUUCACAACCUUCAUCAUCUAUUAUAAAGACUCCUUUUAUUUCCGGAGAUGUGUCAGGUAGUGACCUUGUCAGUGGAACCAUACCAACCAUCAAGCCAAGAUAGAAGUUCAAAAAAUAUAGUUGAUUGAAUCUGAGAAUGUUAAUUAGUACCUUGUGAACUGGACUAUGAAACCAAAUUUACUAACUUUCAUUUAUUCUUUUUGUGCUGCUUGUUGUAUCAUAAAUUGACACAGGAUUGGUUUGUAAGUUAUAAAUAAUGUAUUUUAUAACAGUGACGGAGAUUGGUUUAUGAUGCUGAA